AUGGGGCUCUUUUCCUUCCCUGAACUGAAUACCCGCUUGGGUACUUGGCGUGCCUAUCACUUGGCCGGCAUUGUCUUUAUUUCCUCUUUCCUAUCCGGUUACGAUGCAGGUAUCGCUGGUGGUAUCCUCACCUUCUCUUCCUUCGAAAGCGACUUUCGCUACUCUUCUGCACACGAGUCCAAGGUCUCUUCACUCACUGUUGGCUUGGAGCAGCUUGGCUCCUUCGUCGCCGCAGCUGUCGUUUAUCCAUUAACGAACAAGUUUGGAAGGAAAUAUGUGAUCAUCUCAGUUACGGGUAUUUUCUGCCUAGGCGUCAUUAUACAAGUCAUCAACACACACUCACUGGCAGCCUGGUAUGUGGGCCGCAUCGUCGCUGGUUUGGGCAUGGGUGGACAGAGUGUGGUGAUUCCCAUGUACUCGGCAGAAAUGACCCCUAAGGAGAUUCGUGGUCGCUGCGGUUCUUUCUAUCAAUGGAUGUAUGCGUGGGGGGUUUUCCUUGCGUACUGGGUUGACUAUGGUGUGAAGCAGAGUGCCUCGAUUUCCGGUACCACCCGCGAGUGGCAGAUCCCCGUUGGCCUCCAGCUAGUUUCUGGAGGUGCCCUGUUCAUAUUGACCUUCACACUGCCAGAGUCAAUCCGUUGGCUCUCAAUCCAGAAUCGCAACGAGGAGGCCUGGAAAUCAAUGGAGUGGAUGAGAGGUGGUGACAACCAGAAGACUCGCGAUGAGUUCGCAGAGACCCAAUUGGGUCUGCAGGCGGAGCGCGCUGAGCGGGAGGGCUUCUCUUUCCGCGAGCUUCUCGAACCUGCGAACCGCCUUCGUUUCUUUGUUGGUCCGAUGCUUUUCAUCUUCCAGAAUGCCACAGGAAGCAGUGCCCUCGCGGUCUUCGCGCCGCAGUACUUCAAGCUAGUUGCUGGUGGCAACUCGGAUAUGCUGCUCACUGCCUUGUUUGGUGCUGUCAAAGUUAUCGCGUGCUCAUUUUUCAUUUUCUUCCUUUCGGAGCGUCUGACUCGUCGUUCAUCUCUGAUAGGCGGAUCCCUGUUCAUGGGAAUCUGUAUGCUGAUCACAGCAUUGGUCGUUGACAAAACCCACACAACCAUUGACGGGAAUACCACUGCUGCUGGACGUGCGACGGUCGCUAUGCUUUAUCUUGACAUUAUGAUAUACAAUUGCUCUUGGGGUCCUAUGCCGUGGGCCUAUGUGCCUGAGAUCUUCCCAACUCGCAUCCGAGCUAUGGGAUUAGCUGUCAGUAUGCUGGCGCACUGGGCAACGUCAUUUUGCUUCUCUUUCGCUAGUCCUUACAUGAUCAAAAAUGUGGGUGCGAACACCUUCUUGAUCUUCAUGGGCUUUGACUUCGUCUCUGCUGUCUUCUGUUGGUUCUUCGUGAAAGAGACUCGUGGAAAGAACUUAGAGAAGGCGGCUGGUACUGAAUGGGAGGCUGUCGAGCGUAGCUCUGAUGAUGAGAAGGGUGGAGUGUUGAGUGCCAGUGGAAAGAGACUGCAACUUGUUAGUGUGCAUGAGAACUUUCACACCAACCUUCAUCAUUCCAAGUAA